GCAGCUAGCAUUCAGUUGUGAGUUUGGCCUCUCGCAGGUUGGCUGCUAGUGGACGUUUUCUCUUCUGCUAUUUCGUUGUGGCGGCGUCAGCGGUCUAAUACUCGCCUACCAGGGGGUGUCUUUUCUUCGUUUCUACGCUACUUUCAUCUUUUCUUCGUUUCUAGUUCAUCGGCUUUUCUCUUUCAUUCCUCACAGCCCUGUUCCUAAUUUCACUGUUCUCUCGUAAAAAAAUAGCAAAUUUCUUGGCUUCGUAAUCUUAUCACACCCCCCAAAAGCACUUCUUAGGUUUUUUUUGUGAAUUGAAUUAAUGUUCAAACUUGUUAUCGUUCGCAGUCUAAAUUAUCCCGACAAAGAAGAUCUGUGAUUUUUUUAAUAGUAAUUUUAAAAGUGUGGUGUGUCGUUCAGGAUAUUGUUUUAUAUCAGUGUGAGGGUUUGAUUUUUUUAAAAAAAAAUUUUUAGACGUUGGUUUGUCUGUUGGUUUUUUUAAAAAAAAUAGUUGUUACGUGUUUGAAUGUUUUGACGUUAAUUUGUUGUUAUUUUUAUAAGCAUAUAUGCGCGCAACUGACUUGUUCUUAGACGAAUAAUUUUAUUGUUCAAAAUUACGUAAUUUUGUUGUUGUUGUUGUUGUUUUUGUAAUCUGUAUUAUUUUUAUCGUUGUAUUUAUUUCGUCCGUGGGAUUUUGUCAGUUUGUUUGCAUUGUUGGAUCAGAGAAACUCGAAUUCAAAAGUACUGUCGCUCUGAACGAAUUUCAAUUGUUGGGAACUUUUUUUUUCUCGCAGUAUUUUUUCGGACUAGAUAUUUACUAACAAAUCCGACAUCCUGUAUUUUCACUCAUAUUCGUACUUCCCUCCUCCCUAUUUUUCUUUUGCCUCCUACCCUUAUACCACAGUCUCAACAUCGAACGGUAGCUGUCUCUCUUGUUGUAACCAGUGCAGUACUUGUGCGAUUGUUGCACGAAACUCUUCUCUCUCGUCCAGUGCGCCCGCUGGUAACCUUCAGGCUUACCCAACUUACCACAACCAUCCACGACCUCCCUCUGGUGGACCAGGAGCUGUAACCAUUUCAACAGUUAAUCGACACCUUUGUGGUAAUCCCCCAAACAAUAUUUCGAUAUCGCCAGUGGUCGCUUCCAACAAUUACAAUCCUUACCAACAUUUCUUGCAACACAAUAGCAGUUACAGUAAUAGUGUUACAAGUAGCAGCCAUAUUUAUAGUAAUUUAAAUAGUCUUGUGGUUGUCGGCGAAGAGACAAACAUUGCUUCCCCUUCGGAAUCUACGUCACCAACAGUUACCACGGCAACAAUUACGACGCCAACCAAACGAGUCCAGGACGACGGACCGGGGGACGUACAGAUGCGUGGCUCCGACGAACUGCUGUCCCAGAGUGGCGCUGUGAGCAAUGGUUCAGUGAUGAGUCCACAGCCAAAUCACUCGGACAACAACAAUGACGCCAAAAAGGUGAAACUUGACAAGAACCAGAACGGGAAGCCGUCGAAGGUGAUUCACAUCCGGAACAUCCCGAAUGAGGUGACCGAAGCCGAGAUAAUUCAUCUGGGCAUCCCGUUCGGACGCGUCACCAAUGUUUUGGUGUUGAAAGGGAAAAACCAGGCAUUCCUAGAGAUGGCGGACGAGGUGGCAGCGUCUACCAUGGUAACCUACUUCACCAGUUGCAUGGCACAGCUGAGAGGAAGAGCAGUGUAUGUCCAGUUCUCAAAUCACAAGGAACUGAAGACAGACCAGACCCAUUCCAAUGCGAUGGCAGCAUUGAGGGGCUUUGAGGUUAUGUCACAUUUACCGCGGAAUCUCUCUCAGAACGCGUCUGCCCAGGCUGCACUUCAAGCUGCAUCGGCCUUGUCCGGACAGAACGAGACCCAAGGCGGCCCCAACACCGUUUUGAGGGUCAUCAUAGAGCACAUGGUCUACCCCGUGACCCUUGAGGUCUUAUGUCAGAUAUUCACCAGGUUUGGGAAGGUGCUUAAGAUUGUGACUUUCACCAAAAAUAACACAUUUCAAGCUCUGAUCCAGUAUCCGGAUGUUGUAACAGCCCAGGCUGCCAAAUUGUCGCUGGACGGACAGAACAUUUACAAUUCGUGUUGCACGCUGCGCAUCGAGUACUCAAAGUUGACCAGCCUGAACGUGAAAUACAACAACGACAAGAGCCGCGACUACACAAAUCCAAAUCUGCCCACGGGUGACCCUGGCCUAGAUGCCACCCUGGCAGGGCUGGGGGCCGGUGAGUUGAUCCCGCAGCUGUUGAUAGCUGGGGGCGGCGGGGGGCGACACAGAGGUCUCGCACAGGAAGCAGGUCCUGCACCCGGAAGAUUAGCUCCACCAGGUGCCCCAGGAGUUCUGGCGUCGCCAUUCGCUGCGAUGCACGGCCUUGGCUCGCCACUCACGUCACCGUACGGAAAUUCGGCAGUUGGCGGAAUGGGAGGGAUGCCACUAGCAGGCUUCCAGAUGCCUGGUGCAGCAGCAACCACAGCCCUCAGUGCGGCAGGGAUUCGCCUGGCUGGAACAAUGGGCUCGACAGGCUGCGUUCUCUUGGUCAGCAACCUUAAUGAGGAGAUGGUCACACCUGAUGCUCUUUUUACCCUGUUUGGCGUAUAUGGAGAUGUGCAGCGUGUGAAGAUCCUGUACAACAAGAAAGAUAGUGCAUUGAUCCAGAUGUCGGAACCACACCAGGCACAUCUCGCUAUGACGCACAUGGAUAAGCUGAGAGUGUUUGGGAAACAGAUCCGCGUGAUGCCGUCUAAGCACCAGACAGUGCAGUUGCCCAAAGAGGGCCAACCCGACGCCGGGCUUACCAAGGACUAUUCUAACUCGACCUUACAUCGUUUCAAGAAGCCAGGCUCAAAGAAUUACCAGAAUAUCUACCCUCCUUCUGCCACGCUCCAUCUAUCCAACAUUCCACCUUCUGUCUCUGAGGAGGAGAUCAAGGAUGCUUUUACAAAGAACGGGUUCCCAGUCAAGGCAUUUAAGUUCUUUCCUAAGGACAGAAAGAUGGCCUUGAUCCAGCUGCCAGCAAUGGAUGAUGCCGUCUCAGCUCUUAUAAAGAUGCACAAUUAUCAACUGAGUGAAUCAAACCACUUACGAGUGUCGUUCUCGAAAUCAAGCAUCUAACCACCUCUCUGUCUCUUCCGUUCGCUGACUAUAGAAGGAGGGAGGGUUCACAAGCCUGCUUCUUUCAAGACAGGAUGAAACUGAACAAUAACAACAAGAAUCACGGUAUCCCCAAUAACUUUGUACCGCCGGACACAAUGUUCUCUUUUGCGCUUUCAUCAAAUUCAUUAUGUAUUGCAUAUCUAUCAGGGACAACAAACAUUUUGCUAAUAAUAUAUUGAUCAUAUAAACAUAUACAUCUAUAUACUUUUUAAAAGCAAAAGGAUGGAUGGAUAUAUACCUAUAGAAUUAAAGUAAGAUGUAUUGAUUUUUAUAAAGACCAACGCCGAUUAACGAAUGUUUUACAGGUACGUUAAUCUUCUGCUUCAGUAUGUAAUUAAAUAAAAUGGAUGAGCUAGUUUCAGUGGAUAGGUAGGGGCAAGCACAUUUCUUGAAGAGACACUGCAUGAAUUGAAAGAUAACGAGAGUGAAGAUGGUUGGAUGGAAUUUUAUAAUUUGUGAUCUUAUCUAAAUUUUCAAAGUUUCAUUACAUUAUUUCAUAGUAUGUGACAUUUUUGUUUUCCGUCUUCUGAGUUCACAUCAUUGCGAUUUCCCCGACCCGUCAGUUGUUUGUGAAUCUGAAACUUUUGGAACAGUUUGCGAGGUGCGAGCAUUUUGAAGUGGCUUGAGGAAAAUUUUUUUCUUUUGCCGCUCGCGGAGGAAAAGCCGAGCUUUACUUGACCUAACCGAGUGUGUUACGUGUCUCAGAUUUCACAAUUGCAAACUGACGAUUUAAUACGAGCUUGCAUCAUCUUAAGAAGUGUACAGGGUUUAUCAGUAAUCUCAUUUUUAUUGUCGGCAAGAUUUGAGUAUUAAUUAGUCUGUGAAUGUAAAGAUGGAGAAUGACAAGAAAUGGAAAUACGCAGGUAUCGUUUACAGAGUGACAGGAAGUUAGAAACGAGACACAACCGAAUUUGACAACACUGUGAACUAGAAUGUAAUAGUAUCUUUUUAUAUAACUACAGCUAGAAUUUAUGUGAAAGACACUGCCAAGUGAUUGGUUGUUGACGGCGCAGAACAUGAAGAAAGAAACGCACACUUGACCAGCCACAGCAGAACUUUGGUAGCGAUGAACAAAUCACUUGGUAAUCAUUGUUAGAUUAGCAGAAUGUAGAUUAUAAUUAUAUUAAUUAAGUUUAAAAAUCAUCAGUAGCUCUGUUUCCAAAAAAUAUGGAAAUGGGGGAAUUGGCUAACACAUAUCGAACGCAUUGAUUUUAUUCCUCAUUUUUACAUUCAAUUAAAGAGAGUAAUUUGUUGUGGUUAAAAUGAUACCAUUGCCACGUAGUGACGUGAAUACAUCGUCAGCCGUAUAGUUUGUUCUACCUGCUGAGAAGUAAUUUCGUAGUUCCGCGCUACGUGCGCGUAGUUCGGUCUCUUCUUUUUGUAUGAUUCGUCAGUAGUUUGUUACAAAAUGCUAGACACACAAAAGAAAAACCUUUCGUGUUUGAACAUUUAGGGAAUCGCACAGAAAAAUUAAUAAAGUUGUGGAAGCAAAUGUUUAUACAUACAUUUGCCUUUGAUGAGUAUUACCACACACACAAAAAAAAAUGUUUUUAAUGUGCUAUUUUUGGAACAAGAAGAUAUUUAGAAGUUCAUAUAUUAUACUAUAUGAUGCCGUAACUUUGAUUCACAUGCCCCAGUUUGUCGAACCAGUUUUGGAUAUAUAUAUUUUUGCAUUUGUUCAAUCCUAUAUAGAGAGCAAUUGAUAAAAAUAAUAUAAACAGAAUUAUCUUAAUAAAUGUUGUGUAUUUGAAAUUAAGGCAGGUAUGACAGAAUGAGAGGUGAAAAUGCGAGAUGCGGUAUGUUGUGUGGCUCGGGUAAAUGGUAUUUUCUUUAAGAUACAGAGACAUGUUUGUGACAUAGGAUACAAGAGUAUUAUUUUUACUUUGUAUUACUUAACAGAGGGGAGACACGCGUUUAAGAUUCUUUAUCCCGUUUUCUUGUGUCAAACCAUUCCAAGACUUGGCUUAGAGUCAUACGCAUAUUAUUCUCAUUCUUAUUAUUGAUUUUUUUUCUUGGGAGUUUGGAUCAUAAACUGGCCUUUGCACAUCUGUGAAAAAUGAAAAUGGCAUUGCUGUUCUGAAAUAAUGGGAAGAUUAUUAUAGACUGUUGACACUAAAGAAAGAUCCUUGUGGAAGUAGA